ACCUUCAGUCGUUUUGCCUGUCUAGUUGCCAGCCCUGAGAUUACACCACACGUCCAGUGUAUUGUCUCGAAGAACAUUCCAGCGUCGUCGACUGGACAAUCUACUACACCCCACCUCUGUUCACCACCCAUCAGCCAAUCACACACAACUUUAACCAUGUCCGGUGCGCCAUCAAGACUCAGGAGCGUCCUGAACCACCUGCUUCCCCAUGGACAGCCAGCACAUCACAUCCACAAUCUAACGCCCACCGUCUUCCUUGAGCGGGCGGCUGCCAUUGAGCCUGAGGCCGAGGCCAUAUUUCACAUCACCGCCAACGGCAAGACACUCAGGCGUUCCUACAUCGAGUUCGCCGAUCGCGCUCGGGGUCUUGCCUACUAUCUACGCAAGCAUGGCUACAAGCGCGUUGGCCUCCUGGCUCCCAACACCCCGGCCUUCCUCGAGUCUGUUUAUGGUAUCGUAGCGGCUGGCGGUGUCAUAGUGCCUGUCAACAUCCGCCUGAAGCCUGAGGAUAUUACCUACAUUUUCGACUUUGCAGAGGUGGAUUCCAUCAUCGCCGAUGCCGAAUACGCCCACCUUCUCAACUCGUACAAGAAGGAGCACCCUGAUGUCCCCGUUAUUAUUGAUGUGGACACUGAUGCCACAGAAGGUGCGCUUUGCGGCCCUUUUGAUGAGGCGGUAAUGGAGGGUCUCAACCUCGAUAAGGCCACCGGCAGCAAGGGCUGGGCCGAUCUACAGAAUCAGACCGUCGCCAAUGAGGAUGAUAUGAUCGCCAUCCCCUUCACCUCUGGCACCACCUCCAAGCCCAAGGGCUGCGUAUACACCCACCGCGGUGCUUAUCUUGCCACGCUCGCCAAUGUCAUCGAGUCUGGACUCAACGUUGCCGAUGGUCGUUCCAAGUACCUCUGGACACUUCCCAUGUUCCACGCUAUGGGCUGGACUUUUCCUUGGGCCGUCUGCGCCGUGCGUGGGACCCAUGUGUGCCUACGCAAGAUUGACUAUCCCUUAAUCUGGAAAUUGCUGAAGGAGGAAGGCGUGACACACUUCUGCGCCGCGCCCACUGUCAACACCCUCCUCUGCGCUGCCAAGGAGGCCGAGGCUCUUCCCAAGCCCGUUCGCGUCACUGUCGCCGCCUCGCCCCCGACUCCCCAUCUGUUCGAGCAGAUGACAAGUCUGAACCUCUUCCCUGUGCAUGUGUAUGGCCUUACCGAGACCUAUGGCCCAAUUACGAGGGGUUAUAUCCUUCCUUCGUGGGAUAACCUUCCUCCUCAUGACAAGUACGCCAAGAUGGCCCGCCAGGGACAUGGCUUCAUCACCAGCUUGCCAGCUCGCAUCAUCAAGCCCGAUCAGCCCGAGGGAGUGUUGAUUGACGUGGAGAAAAACGGCCAGGAGGUUGGUGAGAUUAUUUUCACUGGCAACAUCUGCUGCAAAGGCUACUACAAGGACCCCGAAGCGACGAGAAAGCUGUUUGCAGGUGGCAUGCUACACACGGGCGACUUGGCUGUUUGGCAUCCCGAUGGAAGUAUUCAUAUUCAGGAUCGCGCAAAGGAUAUUAUCAUCUCUGGCGGCGAGAACAUCUCCUCCGUAGCUCUUGAGUCCAUGCUCGCUGAGCACCCCGACAUUCUCGAGGCCGGCGUCGUUGCCGUUCCCGACUCCCACUGGGGCGAGCGGCCCAAGGCCUACAUCACCCUGAAGGAAGGUCGCGAGACCAGCUUGACAGGCCAGGACGUCAUCGACUGGGCCAAGCAUAACAGCAGCAUCAGCAAGUUCAUGGUGCCGAGGGAGGUUGAAAUUGUCAAGGAAUUGCCCAAGACUAGCACGGGCAAGAUCAAGAAGAACGAACUUCGGGUGUGGGCUAAGACGGGAGCCAUUCCUAACUAAGCGACGAAGGGAAAUUUGAACAAAUCUCCUGUCGCAGGCUUGUAUUCUGGCGAGGCAGGAGUUUUUUUUGGGCGGAUUCUUGUAUAUACUGUCUAGGGGCAUUGUUUGGGGGGGUUUCGGCACCCAAACCCCGGAGCGGUUAUGGUGUUUGGCUGUAACGAUGUUAUGACUUGGAUGGCAUUCGAGACGAAAAAAGACAAAGUCAGUCGAUUUUCUGAACCUGAUAUGUUCUGCACAACUGUCUUGAAAACGUCAUGUUGUGUAGUUGGUAGAAGCUUGACUGGACUUCUUUUGCUAAUGCUCAAAAAUAUGUCUGGUGCUACGAGUAAAGAGCAUGCAUCUGGAUGUUGAACUCAUUUCUUUUGACACAUAA